AUGCUGCGCGUGUCCAACCUGCUCCGAGGCUUAACCGCUGCACCGGUGCGUCGCCGCACCAUCUUCAAUCGCUCGUCGGUGCGUGCAUUCAGCGCUCAAGGCGGUGACGAUGAAGAUGAUGACCGUGACCUGGAACUGGAGGACCUGGAGCUGGACUGGGACGACAUGGACGACCUCGAGCUGGAUGACUGGACGCUGGACGACGAUGGCGAUGUAGCGUCUGCCGGUCGCCGUAAAGUGGAGGAACACGUGAAGCAGAAGGUGAGCAUUCGGCGUGCGAAGCACUCGAAGCGCCGCUUCGUGGACCGCAUCCGCGUCAAGGCAACGGGAGGUCACGGUGGCAACGGCUGCGCGAGCUUCUUCUCCGAGUCAGCCAUGCGCAAACGUCCCAAUGGUGGACACGGCGGCGCUGGAGGCGACGUGGUGAUCGAAGCCAGUGAUAAGAUGCAGAAUCUGGCAAACGCCACGCACCACUUCAAGGGCGGAGCAGGCACCAACGGCAUGCCAAACGAUUCCGCGGGUAGGAGGGGCAAGCAUUGCCACGUGAAGGUGCCGUGUGGCACACUCGUCAAGCGUGUGGAGCGCUACGAGCGCGAGCUCGAGGACGGCGAGUAUGAGAUUGUAGAUAGGAUGGAAGUUGUCGCUGACUUGGACAAACCUGGUGCUACCUUCCUCGCUGCUAAGGGCGGUAAACCUGGACUGGGCAACCGCAUCCUGGCUGGAAAGACGACCAAGUUCGGUCGGCUGCGCAAGCACAUGCCUGAGAGCAAAACUACGGGCUCGCCGGGUACGUCGCAGUAUUACGAGUUGGAGCUCAAGACAAUUGCCGAUGUUGGUUUGGUUGGAUAUCCCAACGCUGGCAAGUCUACCUUGCUGAGUGUGCUGAGCCGCGCCACGCCUGAGAUCGCGCCGUACCCGUUCACGACGCUUCACCCGUACGUGGGCAUUGUGGAAUUCCCAGACACUUUCCGGCUGAGUGUGGCUGACAUUCCCGGACUUAUCGACGGUGCGCACCGCAAUGUCGGUCUUGGUCACGACUUCUUGCGUCACAUUGAGCGCACAAAGAUCUUGAUGUACGUCCUUGAUACCGCGGGCUCAGAGGGACGUGAUCCCCUGGAGGACUUUACCCAUCUCCAAAGGGAACUGGAGCUGUAUGCCCCAGGAAUCUCGUCACGUCCUUCCCUCAUCGUUGCCAACAAGAUGGAUGAGCAAGGCGCCGAAGACAGCUUUCACAAGCUGCGCCAGUCCACUGAUCUUGCUGUGCUUCCAGUCAGUGCACUCCACAAGGUCGACAUUGAUACGAUAGCACGCACACUCCGAUGGAUGAUUGAGAGCUAUAGCAAGCUUACCAAGGCGUCAUAG